AUAUACAUCGCCUACAUAUAAGCCACCCCUAAAUUUGUUGUAUUGAUUGUGUUUUGGUCGAAUAAGUUUAUUGCAUUUGCGAAAAGUGGUUUUGUUUAGCACAGCGGGUAGCAGAAAUGUGCCUAAAAUCAAUGUGUCAUUUUUGUUCAGCAUAUUAGCCUUUUCAAGAGGUAAAUAAUGCUUUGACCUGGUCGACGGAAAUUAAACUCAUCAUAUAGCACUUUCAAAUAUAAAUAGCGUGAUUGUAGGUGAACGUGGCAACCCUGCUCCCCUUUUAAAAAAGUCCUACCGUGUACAGAAAAUAUGGUUAACCAAUAAUCGUCAUGUAUAGAGACAAUUUCCGCGCAUGCGCCUCAACCAUUUGAUUAGUCCUUCGGUACACACCAGGUUUGAAAUAUACAAGUUAAUAGUCAAGUACAUUUUUGCUUAUUAUUAUCAAGAAAAAUUUAUAAAUGAGUCGCUCGUUCAAUCAUCACUUGUUCGUGCCACAAUUCAUACAUAUCGUUAACGUAAUGCUAUACAAGCACAAUUAUUGAUUUGGAGUUUUUCUGUCCAGAAAUAAACAUUAAGUCAAAUGUACAGACCAGGCAAAGCAAUUUAAACAAAGAAAAACACUAAAUAGAAACCAAUUAGCUCCUAAAAAGUUAUAAACAGUGAAAACAUGGGGUGCUUAAGUAGUAAAGACCGUUUAACCAAAGAAGACAUGGAGUUCUUAAAAACGCAUACGAGAUAUGACGAAGCCACAAUUAAAGAGUGGUAUAAGGGAUUUAAGCAAGAUUGCCCCAACGGCCGAUUGACGCCUGCUAAGUUUGUCGAUAUGUAUAAAAUGUUCUUUCCAUCCGGAAAUGCGGAAGAGUUUUGUGACCAUGUUUUUCGUACAUUCGAUAUGGACAAAAAUGGAUAUAUUGACUUUAAGGAAUUUUUACUCGCAAUAGAUGUUACUUCAAGCGGAACACCAGAGGAAAAGCUUAAGUGGGCCUUUCGAAUGUACGAUGUCGAUGGCAAUGGUGUUAUAGACAUACAAGAAAUGACCAAAAUUGUUCAGGCAAUUUAUGACAUGCUAGGAGCGUGCUCAUCUAAUCGUCCAGCUGAUUCAGCAGAAGAAAGAGCAAAAAAUAUUUUUGCAAAAAUGGACGAAAAUAACGAUGGUCAAUUAACCCAAGAUGAGUUCUUGAAAGGAUGCUUGCAAGAUGAGGAGUUGUCAAAAAUGUUGGCACCAUAAACAAUUAUAUCCUACAAUAUGUGUGUAUUUGAUGAAAUCAGUAAUGAAAUGUAUAAAUACUUAAUUUAUAUUUCUUAUACUAAAAUUAAACUACUAUAAAACUAUGCAAUCAUUAAACUA